ACUUUGCCGCCGCCACCCCCGCCUUCCUCUUUAAAGCUUUGUCUGGUUACACUCGUGUGAGAAGCAUCGUGGGAUGCGCACACAGAAGGCCUUGUCAGGUGAGGAAAUGGGUGGAGUCGCUCCAAUUCGCUUAUUUGCAAUGGAGAUGAGGUGACACUCGGGUUUGGCGCGUAUCCGUUGGUGGACCGCGACUGAGCUUUGAGGUUGUGCCUGUGGUCAUUCAUCCUGGCCAUAAAACCGAGCCGAGCUCCCAGCGUAUGAGCGCGGCGCGCAGCUAAACAGUUUCCUCUCCGAUUCGGAUGCUGAUUGGCCCGUUAACGCAACUUUUGUCUCUUUUCUUUAAGAGCUGCGGGGAGCCCCACCUUGGCCAUCUUCAUGGUCACUCCACCUGCAGGCAUGGAGAGGUGACAGACCAUGGGAAACACUUGGUAGUCCCCUCAGAACAUGUCACCUCUGGUUCAGAAGCUUUAAGAUCUGUAAUAUCAAAUGAAAAAUAGUUAAGCUCAUGAAAUCAACUCUUUAAAUGAUCGAAAUAUCCAUUAAGAUUGUUUUUAAAGUCACUUCAAGCCAAAUUGGGUUUCGUUUUUGUGAAAGUUUCACCUGAAAUAGGACAUUAUUGUUUUUUUUUUUUUCACGUCACCAUAAUUAUGCAAAAAAUAAUCCUCUAAGAAAAUUACCUAUUAGCAAGAAUACAAGCGGCUUUACCAUCCCUUUGAAGCAUGAAGUGGCUUUAAACGCACCAGGAACACGCAACCCCCACCGUUUUCCUCGUGGCUCCCCGCCGUGAGGGGCCACUCUGAUAGGUCCAGAGUUGUUAAUGGGCCUGGUCAAAAAGGCAUCAGCCUCCAAUGAUAUAAAGUCUCAGUUAUCAGCUAGGAAAAGUCUCAUAAAAAGCACAUUUGCGCUUUUACGCACAGAAGGACGCGCGACUUGCUUUUACGCACGAACAACUAAAGGCCGCAACUUAAAAAACUAAAUGUAACUAUGACUCUUUCAAGCAAGUUUAAAACGCCCACUCACAAUGGGCUGCUUUUAGGAGAAGAAAAAGUUGAUUUAGUGGGUGAAGUUGAGGCUGUCCACCGACGGAAGUUUGGACAGGAGCGCCGCGCGGACGGAGGAUGUUCAGCAGAAGAGUUUGAUUCCUCGGAGCCGGACUCUUCAGGGGAAAGCGAAAUCAGCUUCUCCACUGAGCCCCUCAUCAAAGGCCAGAGUAGCACGGUGAAGCCCCCCUACUCCUACAUCGCCCUCAUUACCAUGGCCAUCCUGCAGAGCCCCCUGAAGAAGCUGACCCUGAGCGGCAUCUGCGACUUCAUCAGCAACAAGUUUCCCUACUACAAAGACAAGUUCCCUGCGUGGCAGAACUCCAUCCGACACAACCUGUCUCUGAAUGACUGCUUCAUCAAGAUCCCGAGGGAACCUGGAAAUCCAGGGAAAGGCAAUUAUUGGUCCUUGGAUCCAGCCUCUGAGGACAUGUUUGACAACGGCAGCUUCCUUCGGAGGAGGAAACGAUUUAAGAGGAAUCAGCCCGAAAUCACCAAAGAUGGAUUUGUGUUUUAUUCCAGUUUGGGCUGCUGUCGACCUUACGGGCAACAUUAUGGUAUGCCGGGCCAGGUAAGCCGCUCACCUGCUGCCCCUGCUCAUUACAUGCAAGUUCAGAACGGCCUUAUGAUGCCGUUUUCUUCAUAUUACUUUCUACCAAACCCUCCGAGCAGUGAGAAGAGUCGCCUUAAAGACCUAAAACCGCAUCCGUGCGCACCAGAACCCAAACCUGGCCCGCAGCCAAGGUGCUCCUUCAGCAUCGACAGCAUCAUGAGCCGGCCCUCUCCUGGGACGCACCAGCUGCCAAAUCCAGGGCGCAUCCCUCAUGGCGCUUUCGGAUACAACCAGAUCAUGGCAAACCCGAGCACCUGUUUGGUUCCGACGCUCCUGCAGCCCUCCAGAACUCCACUCUGUCCUCCAUCCGCCCUGAGCGCCGCUUCUUUUAUGACUGACCACCUCAUCCAGACAUACCCUCGCUGCUGACGCCUGUUAGAUCACCUAUGUGGGUUAUUUCUUAAAGAAAUGUGUUUAACUGCAUGAUAUUUGUGUGAAUUGACACAGAAACAUGUGUCUGUAAAUAGAGUGAAAAAAGUGAACAAACCAGGCUGUAAUAUAUUUACACUUGUGGAUGAUAUCUAUUGUUGUUUUUACCCAUCAAAAUGAAAUAAAAUACUUAAAAAACACUCUGAUUUUUGAAGGAUUUGAAAUAAAUUCUUGAAAUAAUUAUGAAAACAGAUCUUUUAGAAUUUGAAUUGAUCUAACAAUCAUUAUUUUAGUAAACUUUUGUGGUGUUAUGAUGCAGAAAUGAGCUCAAAUGCAGCCAAAAUACAUUUUAAAUUGGAAUUUAAGCAUCAAAAGUUGUUGAAUAUUCUCUUUGUUAUAACUGUAAAGCUUUUUAUUAUCAUUAUUAUUAAUGCUUCUCUACUACCAAAGUUUUAGAACUUCAGUGCCAACCCAUGCAGUGUCAGUCAGAUGCGCAUGUAUUCUACAUGAAUCUCCGUGUAAAUAUACGACAAGUACUGUUUUUUUCUUCUUUGCGUGCAUAUAAUACGCAUUUUGCGUUAAAUGUGAUUGUCAGUGCGCAUCUUUUUUUCCUAAAUGCGCACUUCAUUGUUUCUGCCUCAUGGGGGCGCUAAUGACAAAGCGAUGAAGCCGUGAACUGAAGAAAACCUUGAUGGUCACCUCAAACGAAUUUGAACUUAGUUUGGAGUGUAUGAUAUUCUGU